AUGUCUAGUUCCCUAGCAAUUCAAACAUUCUCGGACGCUCAAGCCUCGAUCCUGGACUUCUUGUUCCCAGGCUUCACCGGUAUGUCUGCCGCUGUCCAAGGGUAUCUCACCAUUGACUUAAACGUCUAUGUUCCUCUGUUGUGUUUCUUUGGGUUAAUUGCGUUCGGUUGCGGACGUAUUUGCCAGGCUCUAUUUUAA